GCACCAAGCAAAACAUACAAAGUAAGAGAUUCAUAGAGAGUUUUGCUACAUAUAAUUAAAGUGAUGGCAAAGUGGAGUGCUGUGCUUGUUCUUGCUCUAGUAGUGGUUCAGGCUAGCGCAAGGAAUGUGCCUAAUGAUUCUGGUCUCAAUGACCAAAAGAACUUCCUCACGUAUGGUGGCGUUGGAGGCUACUCUGGGAUUGGAGCAAACGGAAUGCCUAUUGGAGGAGUUGGGAGUGUUGGCGGUAUCACUGGCCCCGAUGGCACAGGUGGAGUAGGAGGCUUAGUUGGCGUCGGAUUUGGAGGUGGUCCUCAUGGUGCCGCUGCUGCCGGAGCUGGAGGUGGUGCUGGUGGUGGGAGUGGGACCGGUGUCAUCCAUUUUCCUUGAAUUGAUCGGUUUGAAUAAUUUACCAUAAUUAGUUUAACUUAGUUUCAGAGUAGUAUAGCUGCUCAAGAGUGUGCGGUAGUCUAAGUAAUGUUUGUUUUGUCGCAGACGUUGCGUCCUUUCGUUAUGUUUUGGCUUGUGCUUUUGCUCUGUAAUUCGUCGUUGUUCUCCUUUUGUAGUAGACAUUUUACGCAAAUAAAUUAAUUUCGGCCAGAUGCACACUGGCAAUUACUUAAA